GCAGUAUGUAUUGGUGCUCCUUUUUGUAAGCCUUAAAAACAUGAACGCGAGUUUUGCUUGACUGCAGUCGAAUCCAAUGGCUUCCACCAGGAAUUCUCCAGACGACGACGGCUACCAAAAUUUCAUACAAAAUGCGAACAACCCCUCUUACGGCUCGAAUCUUCCAAAUACUAUGGAAGAAAUGGGAUCAAGAUCCAGCCUAAGUAGAGAAACUGAAAAUGAAGCCGAUCAUUGGGAAAUGAAUUAUCACGAAGCUGCUAUUUUUUUAGAGGAAGGCGAAAACAAUGAAAAAUUUGACUCCCACCCGAGGCACCCAUCGGCAUUACCGGCGUACCUUAUGGUACACAACUCAUGGUAUUACGGUCUGGAUCUGACAUUCUCCAUAGUAUUGAUUCUUUUAGCUUUGGUUGAAAAACCAUCAGUUGACCAAUUUGAACUUCCUGUUGGGGUUCAUGGUACCAUUGAACUAUUUGCUCUUGGAGUCAUUGCUAUUGAAUUAGCAUUGAAGUUAAGAUGGAUUGGGUGGUCAACAAUAUUUAAUCAUAAGAGGACAAUGGUUAAGUGUAUAACCCUGGUGAUAAUGUUAUUCGAAGCAAUAGUAGUUUUAAUACGACAAUCGUCCCAUUUUAGAGUGACCAGAGCAUUAAGACCGAUUUUUCUCGUGGACACGAAGGCUUGCGGAGCUGUCCGAAGAUAUUUACGACAAAUUUUACAAUCACUACCUCCGAUUUUAGACAUGUUGGUUUUACUAUUGUUUAUUGUAUGUUGUUAUGCUGUUUUGGGAUUUUUUCUUUUUGCUGGAAACGAUAAAAAUUUGUAUUUCUUAACACUUGAUGACAGUUUUGUUAGCAUGUUUGUUCUUCUUACCACUGCAAAUUUUCCAGAUGUUAUGAUGCCUUCUUAUAAUAAAUCCAGAUGGAGUGCGAUUUUCUUUAUAUCAUACAUAUCAAUUGUUUUGUAUGUUCUUAUGAAUUUGAUGUUGGCUGUUGUUUAUGAAACUUUUACCGCCGUCGAAAAAGAUAAAUUCCGAAAAUUACUUUUACACAAGAGACAAGCCUGUAAAUUAGCAUUUAGAUUAUUAGUUAGUAGACAGACACCCAAUGGUAUGAAGUUCAAGCAAUUCCAUGGACUUAUGCAGUAUUACUCUCCACAUUCAAGUUUAAGAGAUGUGGUAUUACUUUUCAAACAUUUAAAUACCUCUGACACUGGCUAUCUCAGUGAAGAUGAGUUUAUACAUAUUUUCGACGCAGUUAAUUUACGUUGGUAUGUAAAAGAUUUAGCGGAUCCCUGGUUUUCGGCAGCAUGGCCUCCUUUACGCACGUUAAGUCGUACGACAAGAACAAUCGUCAAUUGGCCUUACUUUGAACACAUUGUCUAUAUUUUGAUUAUUGGUAAUGGAAUGGCAAUGCUCAUUAGAGUGAUGGAGUAUUCAGAGAGUUUGGAAGAGCGGGCCACCUACUUUUGUGCCUCUUGGGAUACCUUUUUGUUUCUAUCAAUAUUCCUGAUUGAGGCCAUGUUAAGGAUUAUUGCUUUAGGUUGGAAUGAAUAUAUUUCAUCUGGAUGGAACUUUUUUGAUCUUUCAGCAACUUUAAUGGCUCUAAGUGGUUCUUUAUUGCUCUUGGCUAGACCUGAUUUUACAUUUGUUGUAAUAUUAAGACCUUUAAGGCUCUUAAGAGUUUUUAAACUAAAAAAAAGAUAUCGCGACAUUUUUGGAACCUUGGUAUUAUUAUCCCCAUUAAUGUGUAAAACUGCUAUAGUAAUGUUGGUGAUGUAUUAUUUCUUUGCAAUUAUUGGCAUGGAAUUAUUUUCUCAAUACAAUUUGGUUGACUGUUGCGUUAAUACCACAGUUGAAAAUUUUUACCGAUUCUCCCAAAACACAACCAAGGGACUUGAUGCUUUUUAUUAUCUUAACAACUUUUCAAACCUCUUAACAUCUGGUGUUACAUUAUUUGAACUAACCGUAGUAAAUAAUUGGUUCAUUAUUAUGGAUGCUUAUGCUUGGGUGUCUAAGAACACUUAUUCCAGGCUAUUUUUUAUGUUUUUUUACUUACUAACUAUGGUUGUCAUCACAAUUGUGGUUGCAUCAGUGCUUGAGGCUUUUAGGUUCAGAAUUCAGUACAAAAAACAAACGUCCAAAAGAGAUGAGGAACAAAUGUUACAUGAAAAAGUUGUUUUGGAUUGGAAUUCAAUGCAGAAUUUAAUACAAGAUUCGCAUGUUCUUGACUCUGCUCGAAAGGAGUUUGCCUUUAUUGAUGUUUGUUCAUAUGUGGGCAGACGUCGUAGGACAAGGGAUGUUUUGCAAAGGCACAUGUACGCCACUGAAAUAGCUCAGUGGCUUCAGGAAGCAGAAAAUGAAGAAGUUGGAAUGAUUAAUGCCAUGAUUGAAGAAUCUCAGGUAGAAGCUAGAUUUGUUGGCCCAGAACCAAGUGUAUAGAAUUUUAUGUAAAGAAAAAGUUAAUACUGGGUUUUCUGAAAAUGGCGCAGUAGCUCCAUGUGAUAGGGGAGGUCAUUUUAAUUAUAAAAUAUUACAAAUUUGUAUUCUGACAAGUACUUUGGAAGUUAUAAGGUUCUUAAAAUUAGAUUUUAUUUUUUUUCUUUAAGAAGAAAAAAUAAUUAAUUAAUACAAUAAAUGUGUUAACUUCUGG